UUUUUGGCGCGACUCAUUGUUUUGGAUAAAAAAAUCUUGAAAAAUUACCAUCUUACUUGGUUCUGAUGGCCCUAUAUUUAAGCAUCAUGUGAAAAUGUAUUGAUUAGUCUUCGGUUUACCGUAAUUUGUUUUCAUAUAGAUCAUCCAGAAGUGAUCGAAUUUGGUCCACAAAAAGAGACAGAUGUAAAGAAAAUAGUGUCCGCAAAAUGAAUGGUGAGGUGCCAAAUGUUCCGAUCACCACCUUGGCAGGGAUAACAAGUCUCACAGACUUGUUACCAGAAUUACCCUUGCCAACCCCUUUGCAAAAUGCCUUGAACAACAAGAGUCUACUGUACAGCUCAAAGCUUUCGGAGAAAUCCAGAAAGCUACUAGAUGAUGCUGAUGAUGGGCUUGUUGAGCAAAUUUCUGAUUUGCUGCGACAAACAUCAACAGAUAAUAUUGAGCUGAAAGACAACCUUGGUGGAGCACCUGUGGAUGGGGAAAUGUCUGAGCUGCUCCGAGCCAUCUUAGCAAAUGAUCCAGAGGUCUUCUCUGGUGGUGCAGGUUCAAGCCAUGGAAACCACUAUCAGUCGAAUUCACCAAGGGUUGCUGGAUCCGGGAUUCAGAAAUCUCCAAGCUUGCCACAUCAGUUACCUGGAUCUUCCAGUAUGAAUGGAGAUUAUGAUCGACGGAAGUCCAGAGUGUCCAUGAGUUCCCCAGCACAGGCUACAGCAGCAGAAACAGCAGUAAGACAGGCUGGUAGCCGUCACUCAGAGGCAGCUAUUUUGGAUGAUUUUGAAGAUGAUACACCAGUAUCCAGGUCUAGAGAAAGACAGAGAUCCCGCGAUGAAUCCAGAUCAGAUCUAAAGAAGCCAGUUGUGUUGUUAGAACCAUUGGACCCAAAAGUAAAUUUGUUUGACUCGUUAGUGAAAAAAGACGAAGUUUUCAACUCCUGUAAGCAGCUCAGUAUUUCCCUGAAACCUCUGGAUGAAAGGUUGCGUCCUGGUGAAAAUCAUGUGAUAUUGAAGUCAAUUGCAAGCUCCGGAACAGUGAAAACAAAGGGCUCAAAGCGGAGGCGAAGGUCAGGUCAUGCGGAAGACAGCGACUCUGAUAGUGGACCAGAAUCUGCUGAUGAAUUGAUGAGGCGUAAAAAGCGGGAAAAACGUAUGCGUCGAAUGAACCAGACUGAUCUCAGUAUUGAAGAACUCUUGGAUAGCCCAACAUUCAAAAAGUUUAGCACUUGUCUGGAAAAAAUCUUUGAUGCAGCAGAAGAUAUAAACUUUGGCAGCAUGGAUCCAAAUGAUGAGGAAGUUGAAUGUCCCCCAGAAUCUCUCAUCAGUAGGCACAUUCUAGCAGAGUUAACCAGUGAAACAGCAAAACUGAAGUCUAUGGGAGUCCUGAACCAAGUGCCAGCCAAUACGCUGGUAAAACUGCUCACCAUCCUGCAAUGGAACAUCAGGGAUGGAACAAAAUUAAUCCCCAAUCAGGACAAUGAUGAUGAGGACGAGGAGGGUCAGAAGUUGUGGCGAGAGAUUGCAAUGGAGCGGGUCGGACGCUCAAUAGAUGCUGCUCUCACGGCAAUCUACAUCAUCACUUCCCCAAAGAUGCCAAAGCAGGUGUUUAUUGAGGAUGUGAUAGACAGGAUCGUCAUGUUCAGCAAAUUUCAGCUAUCCAAUACCAUAUAUCCAGAGUUUGAUCCUGUGUACAGAACCAACCCUAAAGAUAAAGACGGUUACCAAGGCAGCCUAAAGAUGAAGCGGUCACGAGCCCACCAGGUUAAACACAAGUCUACCAUAUCCCUGUACAACAAAUUAACUGACCUGGUUGGCAACCUUGCAGAGCUGGUGGAAAUCCAGGAACUCACAGAUACCAUCAUCUUACAGAUGUCCAGUCUUGGUGUUGCUCCAUUCUUUGUGGAGAACAUCAGUGAACUGCAGCUAAAUGCAAUGAAGCUGGUCACAACAGUGUUUGCCCACUAUGACAAGCAUCGACAGCUAAUCCUGGAGGACAUCUUCUCCAGUCUUGCCCGCCUGCCCUCCAGUAAACGCAAUCUCAGAAGUUACAGGUUAAAUGCGGAUGACCACAUACAGAUGGUGACAGCGCUGGCCCUACAAUUGAUCCAAUGUGUUGUCAGCUUGCCCCAGCCCCAGACCGAAGACACCCAGGGGGAGGCGGAUGACCCGGAGGAUUCCCGGAUGUCAACCUCAAGUCGCAAAGAUGGAAAACAUAGCAGCAAGAACAAGCGACGUUCUGGUGACCCUACUGAUCCUGAUGUUGUGAUAGUUACCUCAUAUGAAAUGGCCAUGCGCACAGGCUACAACUUCCUCUCAGUAUUUCUUAAAAAGUGUACAAUAAAAGGAGAAGAGGAUUACAGACCAUUGUUUGAAAAUUUUGUGCAGGACUUGUUAUCAACAGUGAACAAGCCAGAGUGGCCAGCAUCAGAACUCUUAUUAAGUUUGUUAGGGAAAAUAUUAGUGAAACAAUUCAGCAAUAAAUCUAUAGAAAUGUCAUUACGGACAGCAGCAUUAGACUACUUAAGUAUAGUGUCAGCACGUUUGCGCAAAGACGCAGUAUCUAGUCAGUUAAACCCGGAUAUAAUAGCCGACAUAGUGUGUAAAGUUAAUGAGAAGGAGGAGGAGGGGGAGGAAGAUGGGGACGUGAGUAAACGUUCAACUCGGGGCGGACGGAGAACACCCGAGGAGUCAACAGACAUCCCAGAUGAGACAAGAAGUCUUCAACAGGCCAUGGUGGACUACCUUGCAUUCAAUGGGGUUGAUGAACCUGCUUAUUUGUUUGCAAGGCAGUUUUACAUUGCCCAAUGGUUUCGGGAUACAAACAAAGAAGCUGAGAAGAAACAGCAUCAUGGCGACGAAGACUUUGUAGCAGAAAAUGAGGAGAAAAUCACAGACAAUGACACCAACACCGAGGCCAUAACAAAAUUCCUCCUCUCACAAAUAGACACCAACCUAAAACCAUACUCAUCUUUCAAACCAGAACCGAGCAAGCUGGACUACGACAGUGCAUGCCUGGUGGCUCGAUACCUGUCAUCCAAGCGUCCAUUUGCUCAGAGUUUUGACAUUUACUUGGGCCAGAUCCUCAAGGUGCUAGCAGAGAACACUGUGGCUGUGCGUACCAAGGCCAUGAAAUGCCUCACCUCCAUUGUAGAGGCAGACCCUGGGGUCUUAGCAAGGCCUGACAUGGAGCGAGGGGUACAUGGUCGGUUUCUGGACCCCUCAACAGCUGUGAGAGAAGCUGCCAUUGAACUUGUGGGUAAAUUCAUCCUGGUUCGGCCCGAACUCAUACCACAGUACUAUCACAUGCUCUCAGAGAGAAUCCUGGACACAGGUAUCAGUGUCAGAAAACGUGUGAUCAAGAUUUUCCGAGAAAUCUUCGCUGUACAACCAGACUUCCCGAAAAUUCCUGAUAUGUGUGUCAAGAUGAUUCGUAGAGUCAAUGACGAGGAUGGAAUCAAGAAACUGGUGAACGAGGUUUUCCAAACGAUGUGGUUUACGCCCCUCAGUGCCCGGGACAAGGACUCGGCCAAGCUCAUACAGCGAGUAGUCAACAUCACAGAUGUUGUUGCAGCAAGCAAAGACACUGGCUUUGAGUUUAUUGAACAGCUGCUGGAUAAUUUGUUGAAGAAAGAUGAGCAUGGCAAUUAUAACAAGUCAGCGUUGACAUCAUGUAAACAGAUUGUCAACUGUCUGGUGGAAAAUGUGCUCAGAUUGGAAGAAACCAGUAUUGACGGGAAGUGCAGCCAGAGGCUUACAGGCUGCUUACUGACCCUGUACCUGUUUACAAAAAUUAAGCCUGAUCUCAUGUUGGAACAUGCACAGACCCUCCAGCCAUAUCUCAACAUUAAAUGCAGCAAUCAAGGUGAUUUCUAUGUGCUCUCCUAUGUGGCCAAGAUAUUGGAACUGGUUAUUCCUCUAUUGGACCACCCCAGUGAAAACUUCCUCGCCCAAGUCGAGGAGGAUAUGAUCAAACUUAUACUUAAUCAUGGCAUGAUGGUGCUAGAAAGCUGUGUUAGCUGUUUAGGUGCUGUUGUAAAUAGUGUUAGUCAUAAUUACCCUUUGGUGAAAGAUUGCUUCCAGAAAUUCUUUGGUUACCUGUUGAAGUAUGAGCAGUUUCACCAGGAGAACCCCACCGUCCCGAUUCAAGCAAACAGAAAACCCACUCUUCUCAGGUCCCUCUUCACUGUUGGUCUCAUGUGCAAACACUUCAACUUUGAUUCAAGCGAACUCAGAGGGGAAGAUGAAAUAUCAUUAAAGGAAAAGAUCUUUGAUGUGUUAGUAUACUUCACCACCCACAUAGAUGAGAGUGUGCAAGCCAUGGCUCUCACUGGGCUAGGUUUCUUGGCUGUACGGCACUAUGAAUACAUGCUUGGUAGGACUCUCAAAACUAUGUACACAGAACAGCUCACAGAUGCCAAUGCGUGUCUCAAACUUAAGUGCCAAGUGUUAAAGAAUUUGUAUCUCUACUUGCUUGAAGAGGAAGUAAGGAUGGCCAAAUCAGAUGCAGAAUGGAAGAAGCAUGCAAAGGAGGAGGAUUUAAAAGAAAUGGGGGAUGUGCAAUCAGGGAUGGCCAGUACAAUCAUGCAGGUUUACCUGAAGGAUGUGCUGGAGGCAUUUUUCAUUAGCAAGUCGCAGGUUCGACUUGAGGCCCUUAACGUCAUACAGCUUGUCCUCCGGCAGGGCCUCAUCCAUCCAGUACAGUGUGUUCCAUAUCUUAUCAGCAUGGCAACUGACUCAGAAGCUACAAUACGAGUCAAGGCAGAACAACAGUUGCAAGAAAUUGAGAAAAAAUAUCCCGGCUUUAUCCAUAUGAAGGCGCUUCAGGGGAUAAAGAUGUGUUUCCGCCUCCAGGAGCUACUUCAGGGAGAAAGUGGGGAUAGUAUUGUAAGAGGCCUCCAUAAUCCCCUUUCAAACAGCUCCAGCCUUAACGCAUUCCUUUACAACGUGCUGAGAACUAACCGCUCACAUCGCAGAGCUAUACUUACGACAUUACUCAACCUUCUGGAUGAUUCUGCAAGAAUCAGUCUUCAAGAGCAGUUAUACAUAGCAGACAACCUGGCUUUCUUCUUGUACCAGACCCAGGAUGAACCUCUCUUUAUCAUCCACCAUAUCGACAUCCUCGUCUCAGUCUCCGGAUCCAACCUCCUACAGUCAUUCAGAGAGAGGCUGUUAUAUGCAGAUGGAAAAGGUCCUAAAACGUUAUUGUCCCAUCCACAUGGUACAGAAAACGGACUACCGAAUGAUGGCCGACAUCAUCAUCAUUUCUACGACGAUGAUGAUGAUGACAUGAAAACAAUGCUAGGCCGCCUACCAGAGGACAUAUCCCCAUUGAAGGAUAUUCUGUGGAUUGCCCAGGGCUGUGUUCUCCUUUUAUACUUGAAGCAGCACCUCAAGGACAUGUACGGAUUCACUGACAGUAAAAUCCAGAACUACUCUCCAACGGAAGCUGUGAAGGUGUAUGAUAAGCCCCUGCAGAGGAAGGCCCUGGUCAAGUUUAACCCUGAGUCAGUGUUGAAUGUGAUACGUGACAAAAUCACCAACACUGACAGGUCGUAUAAAGAGGAAUGUGAUAAACUGGUAGAAGAUUACCUCAAUUUUAAGGAUCUCAUGUUGAGUGUGGACCCACCUGACGAUGAUGACAGCGAUGAAAACACCGGUCGCCAGUCCCCACAAACCUUAUACACCAUAAAACAGAAACUUGAGGAAAGCAAACGAAAGAUGGAGGUCGGAGGGGGAGAUAACUCGCUCGUAAAUUCCAACCAUGUGGACGGAGAGGCAAGCAAUGAUGUGGUUAUGGUUGACCGAGAUGGUGACGCGGAAUCGGUCAACCUCAAUAAAGAAUCUCCCGAGGAAACUCCCAAACCAAGAAUUCCAACUAUGAUCAUAUCAACAGCUAAACUACAGACACCUGUAGCGAAAGAAAAGGAUCGCAAAAAGGGCUCUCUUGUACGGACUAUACGCUUACCUGGGGCUUCUCAGCUCCAGGAGUCAGCCCAUAAUAACAGCCCAGCCAUUCACAGCCAUACAUCUCACAAUUCUUCACACCAUUCUUCACACCAUUCAUCAUCCAGAUCACAUCACAGAUCAUCAACAUCAUCAUCACAUUCUUCACACAAGAAGAAGAAAAAGAAACGGAAAAAAUAUGGUUCAGACUCUGAUGAUGAUGAUGAUAGUGACUAUGACCCAUGUGGUUGAAAUUUGGAAAGUGUUCAUUCUAGGAAUUUUUAAAUCAAAAGUGUGAUAAGAGUUCAGUUUUAACUGCCAGAUUUUACCACUUGAUUGAUUGGUGCACUAUUGUUCUUUGUUGAAAAGUGGAAAAUAAAGUGCAUAUGAGAUGGCAAGGAAUGGCCGAGGUUUGUGUGAUACGGCAUAAUACUUGAGUCCAAGCAGCAAUUAAGAAAUAUCAGGGUCGGAACAGGAUGGAAGAAUAAAAUAAACUAAUUGUUUCAUAUCGUAUACUUUGAAAUAAUUAAAUCUGAAUGUUGUUAAUUGAAACGUAAAAGUAUGUUGCUUAGAGAAGCAGAAGACAAUAGAAAACCACAUGUUGAGUUCAAGUAGAACUUAUGGAGUGAAGGGUAGCAUGUUUAAAACCAAUAUGACAUAUAUGAAAUAUAUGUACAGAUAUAUGUUUCUUCCAAAGACUAUCAGAUCAGGUCAUAAUCAUUUCUCAGUGUAAAAACCAUCCUAAACAUGCAUUUUAUAGUUAUACAUCAUUCUGUAAUCAUUCAAGUUAUACUUUAUAAACGUGAAACUGUGAUAUUUAGCAAAAAUAUUCUUUUACUAUCACAUACCUUGCAAAGUCAGUCUGCAAAAUACAUGUGAAUCAUUUAUUGGUCCAUGUCAAACAGUUUUGCAUUUUGCUGCCAUUUUAGUAAUGUGAUACUAUUUCUAAUAGCCAUAUGAUCAAAUCAAAUCUGACGACAGAAUACAUGGUAUAGCUUAAUGACAGUUGAAACAACAUGUAAGCAUAAUUAGGAUAAGAAUCUUGGAAACCCUUUUGACUGUGGUCACAUAUGACAGGAUGAAAAGAAUAUAUUGACAGUUAACUUCCCAUUUAGUUGCAUUCAGAUUUUAAGUAUUUUUAGAUGCAAACAAGAGUUUCCAUUAUAUUAACUUAAGUUGUUUUACAUAUUAAUAAAUUUUACUUAUGUAUAUGCAAACUGCUGUUGUAAAUUAAUGGUAAAAUUAAUUUUAAGUGUAAAUGUUAACUACGUUGUCAUACAGUGAGCGUCAUUUUAGUGUUAGUCAACCUAUUUUAUUUACUGUUUGUAAAUUAAAUGUUCAUUGUUUAAUAACUAUCUGUUAAUUCAUGUUCAUCAACAAAAUUCACCAUUGUUUAUUUCGGUAUUUAUUUAUGCUGUUUUUCUAUGAUUCAAAGUUACUUUCACUCCAAGAUUCAUUGUUCAAAUUCCCAUAAGUUCUGCAAAAUGCAGCUAAAUUUAUAAAAUGAGCAAAAAAUAAAAAGAUAAAAACUG